AGAACUCAGCAAGGUCGUGCUUCUGGGGGGGCGAUUGAGCGGGGCGGCGGCGCCAUGUCUGGCUACAGCCCCGACGAGAAGCUGCGGCUGCAGCAGCUCCGCGCCCUGCGGCGCCGCUGGCUUAAGGACCAGGAGCUGAGCCCGCGCGAGCCAGUGCUGCCGCCGCGGUGGCUGGGGCCCGUGGACGCUUUCUGGCAGCGCUUCCUGCAGCCUGGCGGCUUCUGGCGGCAGCAGGCUUUCAGAGUGUACCGUGGCAGUGUAAUUGCCUUAUGCUUUUUCCUUAUACCUUCCUGGAUUCUUCACUACCGUAUCAAAUACAACUUAAUGAAGAAGCCAUAUGGUAUUGUUUCGUCAAAGCCCAGAAUAUUCCCAGGUGACACAAUUCUAGAGACAGGAGAAGUAAUGCCACCACUGGCAGAUGAAACUAGUGGUCAUCACUGAAAGAAUGAAUGUAAUAAGCACUGGCUUUGUCCUUAUGCAAGUGCGUUACAUAUGUGGAUGAACUGUACAAUAAAGUCCACUUCCAUGAGA